CGAGUUUAUAAUUCUGUCAACGAAGUGCAGCGAUCGCGUAUGUCCUCGUUGAGUUUCUCUGGGCGGACUGAAAAACAUCAAAAAACAUUUGCAAGCGUUGUAGGUUGUUCUUCGCAAGUACGAUAUUUACAAGCAGCGAAAAUGAGCUCGGGCUUUAUAUCGGAAGCCGAAAUCGCCGAAGUACGGCAAAGGCGACAAGAGGAAUGGGACCGUGUACGGAGCGCUGAUCAGCCCAUAGAGGCUCCGGAGGAACCUUACGAUCCUAGAUCCUUGUACGAGAGAUUACAGGAACAGAAAAAUAAAAGGGACAUAGAAUAUGAAGAAGCUCACAAACUGAAAAAUAUGAUUAAGGGAUUAGAUGACGAUGAAGUAGAGUUUUUGGACUUGGUUGAUAGAAAAAAGAUGGAAGAAGAACGUAAAAAAAAUCUUGAAGAAGAGAAAGAAAUGCGUGAUUUUAAAGCCGCAGUUGCUUCUCUUCAAGAACAGAAAUUAAAUGAAAAGUUAAAACAAGAAUUGAAGAACCCGCCUGUCAGCAGUAAAAAUACUGCUUGUGGAAGUAGCCGCACUUCGCAGUUAAAGUUGCCCGCAGGCGUCGUCUUGAAACGACCUGACAAACAAAAACAAGGAGAAGCACUUACAGGAAUAAAAAGAAAAUUAUCUCCAUCCGAAGAUGACAUCGAUACCAGCAAAAAGAAAGAACUACAUACGUCUGGUAUGUCUGUGGCGGAUACCUCUCUUUCUAGUCCCGAGUCGAAUAAACAAAACGAUAAGACUAUACCAAAUCAAGUAAAUGUCAGUAACGAACAUAGCGGACUCAAAUGUAUCGGCAUAUUACCUGGUCUCGGAACGUAUGAUAACUCCAGUGACAGUGAUUGUAGCUCCGACACAGAUCAAGAAACCGAACCAAAUCCUUGCGUAUACGACAUGUUGGGUCGAAAAAGAAAAUCGUUGAAAGAGGAAUUAGCCAAUAAAGAAAAAAGCUGAAUGAUAUGUGUAAAUAUACAUAUAACAUACGUAUAUAUACAUGCCUGUAUGAAUGUAUGUAUGUAUGAAUGACGGGAUAACAUUUGUGAAUAUAGGAGAAGAGAAAUUUAUUGUACCGCAAUUUAUUACGUUCGAAACAUAUUACAUUAUUAUUUGGAUAUAUAUAUUCCUUCCAUUACAUCUAGCGAGAACAUCCCCGCCUAAUCUUAAUCUAUUUGUUAUACAAGUUUUAGAAUUUGGUCGUUAGUUUCAUAAUCAGUUUGAACAUUUCAUGUGUGUCGAUCUUAAUAGUCAUUGAUUAUUUAUUUUUUCAUAAUUUUAAAUUUUAUAAUGUAUAUAUGAUCCAAUUGUGGCGCAAUAGAGAGAUUGGUGUAAAAUGUAUUGUAAUAUUCGAUUCACCAAUCAAAUAAAUAAUUAUGAAAAUAAGAAUA